CCAUCCGUGACUCUUCAACUUUAAAACAGUACAUCCUUCUUCUCCUAUCAUUAUUAUUUUCAAAAGAUAAGUUCCCAUGAAAAUGUUACAUUUGUUCCCUCUCUUUUCACUUGCAGUUCUAACCAUAUCCUUAUCCAUCAUCUCCUCCAAUGCCGCAAGGCUAGCAGCCACCGUUCCUGAGCCACUAUCACCACCACUACCACCAGCAGCUCAAGAUUUUCUAGACUCACACAACAAAGCAAGAGCCGAAGUCGGAGUUCCGCCACUCCAAUGGAACGAGAAGCUAGCGAAAGACGCAAGCCUACUAGUCCGUUACCAAAGGAACAAAAUGGGGUGCGAUUUUGCUAACUUAACGGCAAGCAAAUACGGUGGUAACCAGCUCUGGGCGGGUUCGGAGGCGGUGACGCCGAGCAAAGCGGUGGAGGAGUGGGUGAAGGAGAAAGAUUUCUAUAUGCAUGCAAAUAAUUCUUGUGUGGCGAAACAUGAGUGUGGUGUUUAUACGCAGGUUGUGUGGAAGAAUUCGGUACAACUUGGAUGUUCACAAGCUAGUUGUAGUGUUAAGGAGAAAGCUAGUUUGACGAUUUGUUUCUAUGAUCCACCUGGUAAUGUCAUAGGGGAGUCUCCGUUUUGAUUCAUGUAUUUCGACUUCAAGUAAUGCUUAUUAGAAUAUUAGUAACGGUCUCUUGUAUGCAAAAUGUGCCAAGAAAGACUAGUAUUUCAGUUUAGUUAAUUAGUUUAAAAUUAUCUCUUGUUAUGAUUGUUAAUUGAGGUGAUCUUUUGUGAGAA